UCAGUAUUUGUGCAAUUAAAAUAUUUUUAAAAUAUAUUUUUGUAUUUUACAUAAUAUAACAAAUAUAUUAUUUAUUAAAAACUUACUCCUGCUAGCAGAUACUUCGUAAAGAUUACCAAAGGCUGCUAUGCAAGAAGACGUCCUUAUUCUUCUUCUUCUAUGAGCAUUCUAUGCAAUUCUAUGAGGUCCUGGGUAUCAGACUAGAAAGGAGUCUCAGUACCAGUAUUUCGCUGAGGACUUUAGUUUAAAUUCGGACAAAUACAAAUCGUCGGAAACUUCACGCUGGACAUCCGGUUUAUUUUUCUAGAGUUUCUCAUCAAUGAGAAAGUGAUGGCGCUGCAAACACUGGUAUCGAGGAAAGCAUAGGAGUUUGUAAACUCUGUUCUUUACAAUCUAUGCUCUUAAUUUGCGCGCGAAGUCGAGGCGAACGUUAUUUAACCACAAUAUUCGUGCUGAGAGAGAUCUUUUAACAAAUAUUUAACGAAUUUCGAGUGGGAGUGCUACUAAAACUAUUUAGGGAGUCUACUAAAAGCGAGGAGUCUACUACAACUCGUAAAAAAUGGCGAAUAAAGUUUCAAGGGAUUACACCAAAGACAAGGAACAAAUAAAAUCUUUUUUCCUGGAAUUUGUGACAAAAGAUGAUGAUACAAAUGAUACAGUUUUCAAGUAUAGAAACGUGCUCACCAAAGUAGCACACAGGGAACAAAUUAGCUUUGAGAUUGAUUUGGAUGAUGUGCACUCGUUUGACGAUGAAUUGGCCAUGUCUAUUUCUAAUAAUACACGAAGAUACACUAAUUUAGUCCUGAAUCUUGUUCAAGAGAUGCUGCCAGACUUCAAAGAUCCUACAAGACCUGUUUUAUCUCCAGAUCCAUUGGAUGUGUAUACAGAACAUCGAAUGUUACUGGAAGAACGUAAUAGAGCUCAGAAUGGGCCUCAAAAUACUGUCAAAACUAAUUAUGCUCCUGAAUUGAUGCGCCGUUUUGAAGUCUACUUUAAAGAUUUCUCUGAUGCAAAGGCAUAUUCAGUAAGAGACAUCAAAGCAGAUAAGAUUGGAAAAUUGGUAACUGUUAGAGGUAUUGUUACUAAAGCAACUGAAGUAAAGCCGAUGAUAGUUGUGGCGACAUAUACAUGCGACGAAUGUGGUUCGGAAGUGAGCCAACCGGUACAUUCCUUGAGCUUUAUGCCAAUACGAACAUGUCCAAGCGACGGAUGCCGUGUAAACAAAUCGGGUGGCAGGUUACACCUGCAGACAAAGGGCUCAAAGUUCAUCAAAUUUCAAGAGAUAAAAUUGCAGGAACAUAGCGAGCAAGUUCCGGUUGGUCACAUACCGCGAUCGUUGACUAUCUUUUGUCGUGGUGAAACGACGAGAACCUGCUUGCCUGGAGACCACGUUAUUAUAACCGGUGUGUUUCUACCCUUUCUGAAAACUGGUUUUAAUGCUAGAGCUGGACCUACACUUUCCAGUGAAACUUAUCUGGAUGCACAUAAAGUGGUAUGUCUGAAUAACGUGAGUACUACAGAUGAUAGUAAUGCGGAAUUGACUGAAGAAGAAUUGGGUUUAAUGAUAAAUGAAGAUUUUUAUGACAAGUUAGCCUAUUCUUUGGCCCCAGAAAUUUAUGGACUUGAAGAUGUGAAGAAAGCAUUGCUUCUACUUCUCGUUGGAGGAACAGACAAAAAGAAGGGUGACAUUAAAAUUCGAGGCAAUAUUAAUAUUUGCUUGAUGGGAGAUCCUGGUGUGGCAAAGUCGCAAUUAUUAUCCUAUAUUACGCGAUUAGCCUCGAGAUCUCAGUAUACCACUGGACGAGGAUCAUCCGGCGUGGGUUUGACCGCUGCCAUCAUGAAGGAUCCUUUAACGGGUCAAAUGGUGUUGGAGGGUGGAGCUUUGGUACUGGCGGAUCAAGGGGUUUGUUGCAUCGACGAGUUUGAUAAAAUGGCAGAUGCAGAUAGAACGGCGAUUCACGAAGUGAUGGAGCAACAGACCAUAUCUAUUGCCAAAGCUGGCAUAAUGGCUCGUUUGAACGCUAGAGUCUCGAUAUUAGCCGCCGCCAAUCCGGCAUACGGCAGAUAUAAUCCACACAGAACGAUCGAACAGAACAUUCAGUUGCCUGCCGCAUUGCUGUCGCGUUUUGACUUAUUGUGGCUUAUUCAAGAUCGUGCAGAUCGAAGCAAUGAUCUUAAACUUGCGCAACAUAUCACAUACGUUCACCAACAUUGCUCGCAACCUCCGACAGAAACUGAAGCUAUAGAUAUGAAAUUGAUAAGGAGAUACAUAAACAUGUGUAAGAAGAUAGAACCUGUUAUACCAGAAGAAUUAACAGAAUAUGUUGUGGAUUCUUAUGUGGAAAUGCGGAAAGAAGCACGUAACAGUCACGACAAGACGUUUACUUCCGCUCGUAAUUUACUGGCUAUCCUUCGGUUGUCGACGGCAUUAGCACGAUUGCGAUUAUCGAAUGUAGUUGAUGAGCGUGAUAUAGCAGAAGCAAACAGAUUAGUGGAAAUGUCUAAACAUUCGAUCAAUUACUCCGAACAACACACCAACAACGCGCAACAGAAUCCGACCAAUAGAAUUUUCCAACUGAUACGAGAACUUGCUGGUGAUAAAAAAACCGUCAAAGUAUCGGACAUUCUGGAGCGAUGUACGAGCAAAGGCUUUAAACCUGACCCGGUGUACAAGUGCAUCGAGGAAUACGAAAUGUUGAAUGUGUGGCAGGUGAAUCAGACCAGAAGAUUAAUCACUUUUAUUUAA